UUACACUUUAAUUUCUAUUGUAUACUAAUUUUAUUACUUAUGAGAAUAAUAUACAAUUAUGAAUGAAUGAAAAUAAAUAUAUCACUGUUAGUUUUAUCCCCCAUGGAAUAGAACAUUGUAAAUGACAUAAUGAAUAUAUGUGUAUGGCACAGAUCUUUACUAAUACUCAUACUGAUAAAAUACGUGAAAUGUGCUGAUAAGCCUACGGAACAACCUCCCGUUAGUAGUGAAAGUGACAGCGAUGAAGAUGAUAAUUUUGAUGUAAUAGUAAAAGGAGUCCAAGAACUUCUUGAAGAUGAUGAUGAUAAAACUGCUGGAGAAUCAUUAGUUUCUGAUAAUGUGAUUCAACAUGGACUUGGACCUCUCAUGGGUCAAGGAUAUACACCACCAACAUAUACACCCCAGCCACGCCAACCAUAUCCACAACCUGUACAACAGUAUGUACCUGGACCAACUCAACAUCAACAAUUACCAAGGGCAAUUCAUUAUGAACAAAUUAGAGUACCUAGACCACCUAUUUUCGGAAACAGAGUUCCAAUAUAUCAACCAAGACCACCAAUAAAUAUACUUAGACCAAUAUUAGCUCCACCACCCAUACUACCCUCAUCAGGUCCAAAAUCACAACCAGAAAUAACAAAAGAUAAAGAUUUAGAAUUGAUUAAAUUGUUUAAAAAUGAUGGUGAAGGAAAUUUGGUUGAAAUGUCUGGAAAAGACUAUUGUAUAAGAUUCAGGAAUGCACAUAAAAUUAAAAUUCUAUUCAGAUCUGAACUUGAAAAGGUGGUUUUUAAGGAUGACACUAUUUAUACUCAUUUACCUGGAAAACCGUAUUGCACAGAAAUGACCUAUAACAAAAAUAAUUCUGUUUUUGUUUUUAAUCGUAAAGGUGGAUUUCUCUAUGCUGAAAGCCGUGAAAAUCAGUGGAGAAUAAAAUUUAGAAAUUUUCCAGAAUUUGUUCAAAUUUAUGCUCAAGAUCAUGAAAAUAGACAGUUUCAACUUACUGAAGGACACUACUAUCUCGAUCUCACUUCAAAGGGAUCUUACAAAUUUUCAUUUAUACCAGGUGUAAAGUGUACUAAAAUUGUGAUUAAUGGCUCUGUUGUUUGGAAAAAAACAUAUGCUGAAUUUUAUCCAAUAAUAGUAACUGUUACCAAAAGAUUGAAUGUAAUUCUUCAUUUUAAAGAUUAUUUUACUGUUUUCGGAUAUUUUAAAGGAAAUUUUAGGAAAAUAUUCACCAAACAAAACAUAGAAGACAUCGAUGAUUGGUAGACCAAUUAUUAU